AUGAAGUUCCCGAAGCAAGGCGACGUCUUCUACCUCCGACACAUCCUGCUGAACUUCCCCAAGGCGUCCUUUGCCGAUUGCAGGACGCACAACGGCAAGGUGUAUCCUACUUACGAGGAGACGCUACGGGCCACGGGCCAAUUCGUCCGCGACGACGAAGCCCACGCCGUGCUCGACGAGCUCAUUGCGCUCCGGUACACUGCAGCCCAACCUCGCUUCGCGUUCCUGGUUCUACUCGAACAAGAUGCCGCCCCCGUGUCUCUCUACCGCAAGUACGAACGACCGCGUAUGAAGGACUUCCUGGACCGAGGUCUCGGCGUCCGCGCCGCCCAGAAAAAUCCCCUGGCCCUGCUGCGAGCCACCUGGCUGCAGAACGGCAACAGCGACGAAAAUUGGAAGCUGGGCGAGAUCACUGACGGGGUACUCAACGUGGCUACCACGGGGCAGGCCGCCCUCUUGCAGCCUCACG